AUGAGCACCAAGAGCGAUGCGGUUCCGCAAAUAACAUUUAAGGAUAAAACAAAAACAUUAUUCUCAUACGUUGUUCGUCACUUAAUAGGAAGCUUUCGUUUCAGGUUGUUCACGUCCCUUGUUGACUUUACGAACGCCCGUCUCUCGUACAUACCGCUCGACUUGAUGCUUGGCUUCUUCGUGGCCGGUGUGUUGAAGCGCUUCUGGUAUCUCUAUAAUAUCAUUGGAUUCAUAGAUAAUAUCGCAUUGAUGGCAGCGUUAUAUGUGCGUGGCACCACAGAGAAGGCACGUCAGUAUCGUAGGAACAUUGUACGAUACAGCCAGCUCACCCAGAGAAUUUUAGGUUUUAUGAUGCCACAUGAAAAAGAGAACUUCGACGAAAUACAGUAUAACUAUAACAAAUACUUUCUGCCGUUCAACUGGGCAUGGGCGCUGAUUUAUCGGGCUAGGAUGGAGGGUUAUAUUGAAAGUGACUACUAUGUCACUAUACUUUCUGAGGAAGUGAAGAAGUUCCGCACAGAUCUCGCUUGGCUUUGCAAUUACGACUGGGUGCCACUACCAAUGAUUUAUCCGACUAUUGUGUGUCUGGCGGUCCAUACGUACUUUUUAGUGUGUGUAAUUGCGAGGCAAUAUGUUGAGGGAUCGACAGUCGAAGGUGACAUGAUUGACAUGGUGUUCCCGUUCAUGACAAGCAUCCAGUUCGUACUCUACAUGGGUUGGUUGAAGGUCGCUGAAGCCCUUCUUAAUCCAUGGGGAGAAGAUGAUGAUGAUUUCGAAACGAACGUACUUAUCGACCGAAACCUAGCGAUGUGUUUAAAGAUCGUGGAUGAUGGCUACGGUCGAACACCAGAACUUCGAAAGGACGCAUUUUGGGACGACGAGUGGGUUCCACUGUACUCUGAGGACAGCGCGUGGGAGGAGAAGCACAAGCAUCACGAAUUAUCUCUCAGCCACAUGAAGUUAGUGACAAUAAUUAAGCGAAUUCUGAAUCUCUCUAAGAAUUCAUCAACUCCACAUCUUCACUCUCAUCGAGAAAAGGAGCCGUCAAUGCGGAUGUCUACUUGCGAUGGCAACGUGAACGCAACAACUAAAGAUGGAGGUCCACACGUCGCCAUGUGGUUGAGUGGUUCGAUGCUGAACGGUCAGAGCAGCGGCAGCAUGCAUGGUCCUUCUCAGACUAGUGGCGAACUGUCACGAGUGAUGACUGCCGAGAGCAGCGACGCGCUACAGAUGUUCGUCUUCGACGGACGCGAUUCUCGCGACGAGGAGAGUGCAAUGGAAAGCAGCUCCGUGACUCCUGAACCUCUUGCUGCCGGAGACGUAAAAGACGGCGAGCAACGCGACAGGAAAUCGGCUCUCAAGUUCUCGUACAGCACAUGA